GUGGGCAGGAUGCCCGGAUGUCACACACACUUCCGCUUCUGCCGUCCGUGGGAGGUGAGGCCUUGCAGUGAGGCGGUUGGUAUCUGGUCAGCAGAGGAAGGCAUCCAGGCCCUGCCAGGAGAGACGGUGCCUCGCUCUGUUGCCCAGACUGGAGUGCAGUGGUGUGAUCAUAACUCAGUACAGCCUAGAACUCCUGAGCUCAAGAAAUCCUCCCACCUCAGCCUUUCAAGCAGCUAGGAGUACAGUUGGGAGCCACUGUACCUGGUUACUGUCACGGGAUCACCUGCCCUUUUGGCUGCUGCACCUGAACAGAGUCAUCAUGCCUCGAGGUCAGAAGAGUAAACUCCGUGCCAGGGAAAAACGCCGUCAGGCCCGAGGAGGGCUGGAAGAUUUGAUAGAUGCUCUGGCCAUUUUAGAAGAGGAGGAAGCAUCUCCCCCCUCUGCCUCUGCUUGUUUGAAGGAUGUUUCCCAGAGUUCACUUGAUGGGACAUCCAACAAUCCCCAUGGACUUCAGGAAGCCCAAUCUACCAGCACAUCUGCUACAGCUGCUUCACACACAAGACAUCCCGAAGGAGUCAACGACCAAAUGGAAGAAAGGCCAAGAUGCACACAAGAUCUAGAAGCCACUGAUAGCUUUCCCAGAGGCCCUGUAGAUGAGAAAGUAAUUAUAUUGGUGCAUUACUUGCUGUACAAGUACCAAAUGAAAGAGCCCAUUACAAAGGCAGAUAUGCUGAGAAAUGUAACCCAAAUGUCCAAGAGCCAGUUCCCUGUAAUCCUGAGCAGAGCUUCUGAGCACCUGGAGCUGAUCUUUGGUCUUGACCUGAAGCAAGUGGAGCCUAAUAAGCACAUCUAUGUCCUUGUCAACAAACUAGAUCUAGGCUGUGAUGCAAAGCUGAGUGAUGAAACAGGCGUGCCCAAGACUGGCCUGCUGAUGACUGUCCUGGGUAUUAUCUUCACAAAUGGCAAUUGUGUCGCUGAGGAGGAAGUCUGGAAAGUGUUUAACACGAUGGGGUUAUAUGACGGAAUUGAGCACUUCAUGUUUGGGGAGCCCAGGAAGCUCCUUACCAAAGAUUUGGUGAAAGAAAAUUACCUGGAGUACCAGCAAGUGCCCAACAGUGAUCCUCCACGCUAUCAAUUCCUAUGGGGCCCAAGAGCCCAUGCUGAAACCAGCAAGAUGAAAGUUCUUGAGUUUUUGGCCAAGGUAAAUAAUACAGCUCCCAGUGAAUUCUCAAACUGGUAUACAGAGGCUUUACAAGAUGAGGAAGAGAGAGCCAGAGCCAGAGUUGCAGCCAAGGCUCGCAUUAGUGCCACGGCCGGUGCACGUUCCAAGGUUAAGUCCAGCAAGUCCUCCCAACUGCGGUAAAGUCUGAGGGAGAUUCUUCACUUCGUGUUUGAAACGAAAUGCACAUUCUGAGCUGUGGGAGGUCAGGGUGGGACUGGAGACAACACAGUGAAUAAUAUGUUUGUGUUAAUGUUCUAUGUGAUGGCUUGGAAUUUUUGAAGAUGUUGUUCCUUUAAUAGAUGGUUAAAGUAGCUUCACUAUCUAAGUUUAUGAAUGACAUUGCUCAAAUUUUUCUGUAUGUGAGAUUAAGAGUAAGCGAUUUAUUGCUUUAUAAGUCUUAUUGGGAAACUCCAUUUAUUUAGUGAUCGAAACACGAUAGCAUGGUAGUAAAUUAGGCAUUUCCUAAUUCAAUGUGAAAUAAUUUAGGAGUGUAAUAAAUGGGAUCAAGAAAUAGAGCAAAGAGGGUCGGGUGCGGUGGCUCACACCUGUAAUCCUAGCACUUUGGGAGGCUGAGGCAGGCGGAUCAUGAGGUCAGGAGAUCAAGACCAUCUUGGCUAACACAGUGAAACCCUGUCUCUACUAAAAAUACAAAAAAUUAGCCAGGCGUGGUGGCGGGUUCCUGUAGUCCUAGCUGCUCAGGAGGCUGAGGCAGGAGAAUGGCGUAAACCCGGGAGGCGGAGCUUGCAGUGAGCCAAGAUCACACCACUGCAUUCCAGCCUGGGUGACAGAGUGAGACUCUGUCUCAAAAAAAAAAAAAAAAAUAGAGAAAAUAGUAAAAGAUGGCUAAUUAUUACAUUCCCUAUUGACUUUUAUUCUGUUGUUAUGUAAAAUUAAAAGAUAUAUGCUAGGAUAUGCUUACAUUAUUCAAGAAUAUAUAAUUAAUUACAUUGUAAUAAAUUAGACCUUUUGCACAUUGGUUCAUCUGUUCCUUAAACAUUAAUUGAGCAUCUGCUCUUUGGAUGGCCUUGUGCUAGGAUGUCAGGAUAAGGAAGAUCUACCUGUGCUCAUUGGGUUUUAGAAUCUAGGAGUAGAUAUUACAUAAGGAAUAUGGUGAGAUACCCACUAAGUCCUAAAGGACAAGUCAAAGAAAGUGAGAAUGUAGGAAGAGGGUUAUCUAGAUGAGAGCAUCAAAUGUAAAUGCCUUAAGGCAAAUGGGAUUGGAGGUUUGGGAAAUUGAAAGUCUUUCAGUGUGAAUCAGUUGUGUGGUUUUUUUGGUUUUUGUUUUUUUUUCCUCACUCUUGUCACCCAGGCUGAAGUGCAGUGGUGGGAAUCACAACUCACUGCAGCCUCAACAUCCUGGGCUCAGGUAAUUCUCCUACCUCAGCCUCCUGAGCAGCUGAGACUACAGGUGCACGCCAUUGUGCCUGGUUAAUUUUUUAUACUUUUAGUAGAGACAGGGUUUUGCCUUGUGGCCCAGGCUGUUCUUCAACUCUUGGACUCAAGUAAUCUGCCUGCCUCAGCCUCCCUAAGUGCUGGAAUUACAGGUGUGAGCCACUGUGCUUGCUUGGUCAGAUGAGGCUCUGAGAGUGGUGAGCAGUGGCCAUCCUCUCUGAAGACAUGUCCAGGGUUGAAACACCAAGGUCUGGAAUGGACAGGUAGUUACAGCAGUUGCUUGGGCUCAUGGGUAAAACAGAAAGAAAUCUUCACCUGGGGCAGGAAUGAAAGGUUUCCUGUGCUCUCUUAACUCCAAUGCAGUUGAUCACAGACCACAAACCACGUGUUCUAUACACAUCAUCUCCAGCAAGUUUCUGAGAAAUAAGGGUAAUACUGUCUUAACAUGGGAUGCUCAGAAGCCACUUUAUUGACACUCUUUGCUCUGGCCUGGGAAAGACAGAGCCUGUGUUAUUUUAUUUUGUGUUGCUAUAAUAGAAUGCCAGAGACUGGGUUACUUUUAAGGAAAAGAAUUUUUUUCAUAGUAGUGGAGGCUGGGAAGUCCAAGAUCAAGGUGUUUGGUGGCAUCAAGGGAGGGAUGUCUUGCUGGGCCUUCCCAUGGCAGAAAGUGAGGCAGUGAGAGAGGGAAAGCAAGAGAAAAGGGGACCAAACAUACUUUUUGAAGCAAACCCACUCUUGUGAUAAAGGUAUUAAUCCAUUUAUAAGGGCAUAUCUCUCACGGCCUAAUUACUUCUCAUCAGGUUCUACCUCACAAUACUGUUGGAGUACCUUUUUGGGAGACACAUUCCUAUCACAGCAGAGUCCAUUCCAUUAAUAGGGUAUUUAAACUAGAUUAUCUUGAGUGUAAUUUGGCAAACUUAAAGCAAGGGAUAGGUGUUUUGAUGGGAGUGAAUGAGGAAGUCCUUGACACAUUUUCUAGGAGCAUCUAGCUGAGCUGCAUCUAGCUGGGGAAGAUUCUCCCAACACACAAUGUAAAAAAUGUAUAUCCUCAAAAAUAUUCUUAUCAAGUAAGUAACUUCCUCUUGGUAAGAAGCAUUUUGAUUGAUUUGGUUUUCCAUGUCUUAGAGGGCUGCAUAUUCUCUUAAUAUCUCCAGGAUGAAAAAUAAAUUAAAAAUUUCCAAGAGGGGAAGGUUGGUAGUGUUAGCAAUCUAAAAUAUAAUAGAAACAACUGUUAGUUAUCAAAAACCCAGUACACACCAACACUGUGCCAGCUGCCCUACACAAAUAACUUACAUUGUAAAAGUCAGACUUCACAAGGUAUACACUAGCCAAAGAACAAAAUGACUUCUUCAAGCCCACUUCACAAAGAACUUGAGGCUCAUAGAAUUUUCGAGUUCAAGUGACAAGGCUGAGAUGAGACCUCCUGGUCUGAAUUCCUCUACAGCCUACAUUGUUCCAGUCCUCUCAGACUGAGGCAGAUCUUAGGUCUAUUAAUUCAUUUCGCUUCUCGCUACUCCACAAUGUCUCUCAGACAAAGAAAGACCGUGUGGCCAAAGCACUAAAAGCAGGCUCUAAAAAGGAAGGUGGAAUGAGAAUGAGACACAAUCUGGGACUGUCUGUGGGGUUCAUUGGCCUGGAGUCCUCCCACCGUUAGCCCGGAUUCUUCCGGAGCUGACUCUGCCCUGGUCCCUUCAAAUGGGUUCAGUCCAGCACUUUCCCACAUUACCGUGCCCUUCCCCUGGGUCUUCCCACUGUGCCCUCCUGCCCAAACUGGAACUGACCUGCUGGCCAGCUUUACUGUGUCCUUCUCUGGAGCCUGCAUUUGCUCCCAUAGGAAUAGACAGCCCAGACUUGCCUGCCUUCUCCUGGACAUAGAAGCUUCCAACUCCCUAGAAGCCCCACCCCUCACCUUGGAUUCCCUCUGACAGCAACAGCCCAUUCUGUGUAAUUGUUCACUUCAAAUAGUGAAGCUUAGACACCUCUUCAUCUCUGGGUGCCUCCACCACACUCAAAGUGUUUUCAAAUCUGCUGGUGAGGAGAGUCUGAUUUGGGAUAGAAUCAACUGAUAUUUUAUCCUGAAGCAGAGAUAUAAUCCUGAAGUAGAGAAGAGGUUUUAGAAAGCAGGUGAGAUUAGAAAAAGAAGAGGUUUUAAACUGGUGACUUUUUGAAUGUUGCUACUGAAUCUAUACACUGAUGAAUGAGCUCAACUAAGCGCCAAAACUCAGAGCUUCCCUCCUAGGUGUUAAAUGAGGAACGACCAAGGAAAUAACUGUGUAGCAACCAUCUGAAGAGAGUGAAUUCUUACAAAUUCUGUAGUCUUUCCAGAAAGUUGUAGUAGUUCUAUGGUAGCUGUAACACAUUACCACAAAUGUAGUAGUUUACAACAGCACACAUUUAUUACCUUUGUAGAGUUUAUUGUCUACAUUUCUGUACGUGUGAAGGAUGGAAUGGUUCUGCUAGAUUCUGUACUCAGAUUUUCACAAGGCUCAAAUCAAGCUUUCAGCUGGCAGUCUUCUUAUGAGACUCUGAGAAGAUUCUCCUUCUGAACUCAUUCAGGUUGUUGACAGAAUCCAGUUAUUUGUGGUAAUAAGAUUGAGGUCCUAUUUCCUAGCUGACCAUCAGCUGGAGUUGGCAGGCGUCUCUCCAGUCCUUGAAUGUGGGCUCAUACAUUUUGAGUCAACACUUGUAGGUUGAAUUCUUCUCACACUUGUAAUCUCUCUAACUUCCCGUCUGCUGCAUCUCUCUUCUGCCUCCAACUAGAGAAAGUUCUCUGCCUGUAAAUUCUCAUGUCAUGAUAUCGGACUUUCCUGAAUAACCUAGUGUAAUAUUUUUAUUUUAAGUUCAGUUACAUAACCUUAAUGCUUCUGCAAAGUGCCUUUGGUCAUAUAACAAAGCAUAUUCAUUUUUCAAGGAUAAGGGUAUAAGCAUCUUUUUGGAGCAAUUAAUUAUUCAGUCUACUAUUGAUGUAGACAAUGUGUCUUUGGCAGUGCUUUGAUAAGAAAAGAAUACAAUAAUUCACCAUAGUUCUCCUGACUUUUGUUUCUAUCUGCCCCAGGGGAAAAUCCUACUUUUCAGUGUGUGUAAAGACACACUGCACACGUGUUUAGGUGUGUUAAUCAGGUGGUAGUAGAGACUCCCAAGGUAUUAUUUAGACCAUGCACUAAAAGGAAGAAUAACAUCCUCCAUAUUUUGAGAUUAUUGCAAAGGUCAGUAGAGAAAGGUACUAUUUUGUGAUGAGAGACAAAGGAUCAUCCUUGCUGAGAUUUUCAUGGCUCUUUAGAAAAUUGGUGUGAUCCUAUAUUUGAAAACAGCUGUCACAUGAUACACACUAGAAAAAUUUCCCAAAUUGCAAGGCAAUUUUGGCCUUCUCAGAAACUUUUCCAAGAAUAGAGAUUGUUGUCAAAACAAAGUUUCAUAUUUGCUUUUUAUUGAGCACCUAAUAGGUAAUAGAUUGUGGGAGAGACAAGUUUCCAUCCACUUGUUUUGCUGUCCUUCCUGGGCAUAUGGGGAGACUAUAUUCCCCAGUCCAUUUGUCGUUAGAAAGGGCUACUGAAAUAUAAACAGAAGCUAUGCUUGUCAUUUUCAGGCCAAGGCAUUUGAGAGUCAGUAUGUCAGUUCUAUGCUUUCUGGUCUAUUCAGCAGCAAAUAUGGAGCUCUCAUGAUGAGAUGUAGUGCCACAUGAUGGAAGUAGCCUGGAUCCCUGGGUCCUCUGACAGCGAAGACCCCCUGUUAACUCACAUCAGAUUUUAUGUGCGUGAAAAAUAAACUUUUGUUGUGCUAAGACUUUAGGAUUUCAGGCUUCUUCCAUUACAUCCAUUAGCAGUGACUAUCAGAAUAUUGCACAGUUACUAUUUCUGUUGUUAGUUUUACUCAAAUAUAUUAAUUACUCAAAUAUUCUUGAUGCUUAAGAAAAUUCUAACACUAUGGAUAAAUCACAAUUCUGCUCCCUUACUCUGUUUCUCCAAAAUUUAUUCCCUACCAGAAGUAACCACCAUUAAAAACCUUGAGUCUUUUAUUUUUAUGUAUAUUCUAGGCUUUUUUCUUAUAUACAUGUGGUAGGAAAAUAUAUUGUGAACUUUUAACAUAUAUAUAUAUACUGAUGUACAUUUUGUUGUACCUGUUGCAUUUGUCACUAAAUAAAAUGGAUGCAGGAACUUUCCAUGAGAGCACAUAUAGAUCCACCUCACUGUUUAAACUACUACCAAGAAUUUCAAGGGACAUAUGUAUCAUAAUUAAUUUAACAAUUCUUCUACUGAUGGAUGUAUAAGGUGUUUUCCACUUAUUGCUAUGACUAAUAAGAUUGAAAUAAACAUUACUGAACAUGACUUCUUGGGUAAAUGUAGAUGUUUUAUUACAGGAAAGAUGUAGAAAAGUAUAAAUUCAGUUAAAAUGGUAAGAAUGUGGUGAUUGUCAAUUUUUUGAAUAUUACUGAACUUUCAUUCCAAAAAUGUUGUAUACUCUCACUGGUGUUUUAUUUGAUAAAUUUUAAAUU